AUGAAUUGCAAACUAAGUGUACAAGAAUUUAAAGGUCGCCCUGCUAUGAUGCUUUUCCGUUUAGGUGGAGUGAGUCAGAGGACAGUCACGUAUAGGCAUGCUAUACCUAAAUGGGCAGGUGUAGGCCUAGUUAGACCCUUUGCAAUGACUGUUAGAGCAACGAUAUCAUCAGCUCGGUAUUCAACAUUCAAUGCAAACCAUAAUGAAAGCACUUCAAGUAAACAGAACAGGAAUAUUUUGAAGAGGGUUAAAUCCAUAAUUUCAUUUAGUGCUUCAGGUAUAUUAAUAGUGGGAGCGACUGGUAUAGCUGGGGUAGUGCUAUAUCUUAUUUUAUCUGAGCUAUUCUCUCCCACCGGUGACACGCAGCUAUUUAAUAGAGCAGUAAGCUAUGUUGAAGGCGAUGCUAACGCUCGUAAUCUAUUGCAAUGUUAUGAUCGUGAUCAGAAGAAGGAACGAUUGAAAGCGUAUGGAGACAGUUUGCAUGGUGAUAAAUGGACAAGAAAUAGGCCGAUUACUUCAACAAAAAGAGUAGAUAAAAAUGGUAAGGAGCACCAUUUCAUGAAAUUUCGAGUUGAAUCCGCGAAAGUGGUUGGGGUUGUAAGUUUAGAGGCUGUUCGAUCUGAUAAUUCAUAUAAAAUGGAUUUUCUGCAAAUGUACUUGGAUGUACCAGGUCACAAGAGGUACUAUCUUAUCAAACCUCAGCUGCCUGUUCCCAAGCCUAAAGGUUUCUUAGGUAUUAAUUGGGGGCCAAGAAAGGACUGA